GUGGUGCUGAGGUUCUGCUACUCCCUCGACGCCAGCAACAUCAACGACGCCCCGCCCGCUCAACUGGCGGCCCAUAUACAGCAGUUAACACCUCUCCUACAGACGUAUGCUGGAGUGAUAGCAGUGCUGCAGGCCGGCUUCAUCGGGGUGUGGGGAGAGUGGUACUACACUGCUAACUAUGGGAACAACGGUGUCGUCACCUCCCAGGACUGGUACAAGAGAACCCAGGUGGUGAACCAGCUGCUCCAGGCUCUUCCAGCAUCCAGGCAAAUCCAACUGCGGACUCCAUACUACAAGCAGAAGAUUCUCGAGCGAACCUCACCCAUCAUCUCGAGUGAAGCUUUCACCAACACUCUAGUAGCGAGGAUCGGCCAACAUAACGACUGCUUCCUCGCCUCAGACACGGAUUUCGGCACGUACGUUAACAAGGCGAUGGCGUACCCAUACCUGAAGAAUGAAACACUGUACCUCUCCAUGGGUGGUGAGACUUGCGCGAACAACCCCCCCAGAUCAAGCUGCCCAACAGCACUGCAGGAGAUGGCGGAGCUCCACUACAGGUUCCUUAAUGUCGACUACAUUCAGGUGGUUCUGGACGCUUGGAGGACCCAAGGCUGCUUUAACACG